UGCCGGUGGAGGGAGUUUUGUUUGUUAACGUUAGUUUCAAUAGUUUUGUGAUAUUGAUAUUGUUCUGGUUAAUGCACUAAUAUAUUCCGGAGUUUCGUAAACUAUGCGAUUAUUUUACUAAUUGUAUUAAAGAAAAGGCGGAAGGAAAGUAAUGAGUGGACAGGAUUCCAGGGGAGGAGGCAGGGGAGGAGGAAGUGGUGGUGGAUGGAGGGGAGGAGGAGGAGGAGGUGGUGGUGGAUGGAGGGGAGGAAGAGGGGGAGGAGGAGGAGGUGGUGGUGGAUGGAGGGGAGGAAGAGGUGGGUGGAUGGAGGGGGAGGAGGAGGGAGGAGGUGGUGGUGGUUGAUGGAGGGGAGGAGGAGGAGGUGGUGGUGGUGGUGGUGGUGGAUGGAGAAGUAGACCAUGGAGAGGAGGAUCAGGAGGAGGAUGGAGAGGCAGCAGUGGAUCAGGGAACCAUACCAACAGCAGACAGAGAGUCCUUUGUCAGGCUACUCUUGAUGUAUUAUGUCCAUACAAAGGAUGGACACUCUACUUCACAGAUGGCUUCAUAGAGAGUGCACCCAGUGUGGAGAAAAUCAAAGUGUUUGAGAAAUAUUUCACUGCCAGGAUUCACCUGUUUGAUAAGGAUGAAAUUGAGCGUCAGGGCAGUGUCCUGGUUGAUUACGCUGACUUGACUUCAGACAGGACUGUGCGUCGUGCACUUCCUGACAUAGUCGCACAACUGAAAGAACAACCAGAGGUGAUGCUCAACUGUUUAGGAUUGGCUAUUCACCAGGUGCUGACUGCAGAUUUGGAGAAACAAGCCGCUGAGCUGCAAGAGGAAGAGUUUCCCGUCGCUACGCCAGUCAUCAAUAUUCCCCAUAUUAGUGCGAGACUCUAUAACUAUGAGCCACUGACUCCGCUGCGGAUGUUACGUGCCAGUGUGUUUGGCCGGCUGGUUUGUGUGAAGGGAACAGUGGUCAGAGUGAGCAGUAUCAGACCCCUGUGCACCAGGAUGGCUUUCAGGUGCCGGACCUGCUCGACCACACUGUCUCUGGCUCUGCAGCAUGGGAAAUAUGCUACACCUACCAAAUGUGGGAAGCCAGAAUGUCGCAGUCAUUCAUUUAUCCCCAUCCGCAGUUCUCCUCUCACGCAGACUGUAGACUGGCAGAUCAUCAAGGUGCAGGAGUUGAUAAGUGGAGAGCAGAGGGAGACGGGACGAAUCCCACGCACAGUGGAGUGUCACCUGACCUCCGACCUCUGUGACAGCUGUGUGCCUGGAGACACUGUCACUGUGACAGGGAUAGUGAGAGUCAGCAAUGAUGGCAAUUCCAGAGGAAAUAAGGAUCAGUGUAUGUUCCUCCUCUACAUUGAGGCGACUUCUGUCAGCAAUACAAAAGGCCAGCAGUCCAAGUCGGGAGGUCAAGGUUCAAGUGGGACACUGGAAGAUCGCUGUGGUGGGGAAGAGUUCAGUCUGAAGGAACUGUAUGCUAUUCAGGAGAUCCAGUCCCAGCCUGACUUGCUGCGACUUAUAGUGCACUCUUUGUGUCCUGUUAUCUACGGCCAUCUGCUGGUGAAAGCUGCCCUUGCUUGUUUGUUUGGAGGCAGACAGAAACAAACGGGCAAGAAUAGCGUUCCAGUGAGAGGAGACCCCCACAUCCUAAUAGUGGGAGACCCCGGACUGGGAAAGAGGCAGAUGUUACAGGCAGUGUGUAAUGUGGCUCCAAGGGGCAUCUACGUAUGUGGCAACAGUACCAGCACCACAGGGCUCACAGUGAGUUUAUCUCGAGACGCAGGAACAGGGGAUUAUGCUCUGGAGGCUGGCGCUUUGGUUUUGGCAGACCAGGGUCUUUGCUGCAUUGAUGAGUUUGACAAGUUGGGUAACCAGCAGCAGGCUCUGCUGGAAGCAAUGGAGCAGCAAUCUGUGAGCCUGGCUAAGGCCGGUAUAGUUUCCUCUCUGCCUGCUAGAACCUCAGUUGUGGCUGCUGCAAACCCCGUUGGAGGACAUUACAACAGAGGCAAGACUGUCUCUGAAAAUCUGAAAAUGGGAUCAGCUCUCCUCUCUCGUUUUGAUGUCGUCUUCCUGCUUUUGGACAUUCCAGAUGAGUCACAUGACCGGCAGCUGUCAGAGCACGUCAUGGCAAACAGGGCAGGAAGAGGCAGAACCAGCAGUGCCGUAGUUUCCAGAAAUAACAGUCAAUUACAGACCUCUAUCCUACUGGAACACUCUGACAUGCCGCUGUCCGAACGUUUGCAGGUUCCUGCAGGUGAAACUAUAGACAACAUUCCAAUAUGCUUGUUAAGGAAGUACAUCAGCUACGCUCGUCAGUAUGUCCAUCCCAAACUCUCUCCUGAAGCAGCACAAACCCUUCAGGAGUUCUACCUGUCACUGAGAGCUCAGGCAAACCCUGCUGAUGCCACGCCAAUCACCACACGACAGCUGGAGUCUUUAAUUAGACUAACUGAGGCAAGAGCCAAGUUGGAGCUGAGAGAAACAGCCACUAAGAGUGAUGCAGAGGACGUCGUGGAGGUCAUGAAACACAGUCUGGCCAACACGUAUUCAGAUGGUCUCGGCAAUCUAGACUUUGAGCGCUCUCAGCUCGGGUCUGGUAUGAGUCAGCGCAGUGCUGCCAAACGGCUGGUCAACGCACUGCACCAGCACGCUCACAGGACCGGUCAGAAGCAGUUUGACGUACAGACGCUUCGAUCCACGGCCAACAGAGUGAACAUCAAGGUGUUAGAUUUUGAAGGCCUUUUGAGUUCCCUGAAUGAACAAGGUUUUCUGCUGAAGAAAGGGCCCCAGCUGUACCAGCUGCAGACAGUCUGACAGCUCCAACAGACUCACACCUGCAGACUUUACCACAAGAUCAGCUGGUGGACCUAACCCUCUACAAGGUUAACUCUCUGUAUUAAUUUAAAAAAACAUGGAGACUGCACUUUAAACCAUUUUGAAGAGACUGUAACAGCCACAACCAACACAAAUGAGGCAGUGGUGCAACUAAUGAAGCUUUGGCUGGUUUUUACUGCUACCACAGCUUCCAGCAACUUCCUACUAAACAGAGGAAUGCAAGACUUAGGUCUAAUAUAAUUUAGUGGCUUAAUAUUUCACUCAUCAUUCAAAUAAAAAGUUUUUCAGAAAGUAACAGAACUUUUGUUUAAUCAGACAAAUUUUGCUUUCAAGGUUCAGAGCUUAGUCUUGUCUUACACAACAUGGCUGUCUUUAAAAACUUAAUAUUUAAAAAGUGAUUAUCUUACUGUUAUCCAUUUUCCACAGAUACAUUUAUGAGUACUUAAGAGGAAUGUACAAAAUAUUUUAUGUUUUGUAUGUUUAUGUAAGCUUGCCUAUGAUUAAACUUUUGAGAAGGCACUAAUAUUACCUUCCCCAGCCAUAAUAGUAACAAAAUCCUGCUCUGGUGUCAUGUUGAGCUGCUAAUAUAUUAUAAAAUUUUGAUUUUUCUGAAUGAUCGGCCUCGGCAUGGGGCUCACGUGUGUUGGUUGGGCUCUAAAACUUUGCAAGUGUGCAGUUUUGGCUUCUCAUUUUUGUCUUAUAUUUCACGUGCUGUAGAAUGUAAUGUUAUUUGUCUCUCUUGUGUGCACUUUAAAUAAAUAUUUAAA